GCUGGUACUGAGGAAAGCCGCAGUUGGCUGCGUCCUGCCUUCGGAAAACUUGCGCCUGACUCAAACUCCGAUGAUUCACGACAGGAGGACUUGAAACCGGCGACGGCGGACGUUUGGAUCUAACUUUGGACGCUUGUGUUUUCCGUCCCGGUGUGGGAUCGCUGUGUGUCGGGGCUGUUUGGAGGAUCUACUUUUUGGGAUGCUGGCUCCCCGCGCGCUCCGCUGCUUGCUGUGCGCGCUGAGCUGCGCGUGGUGGCCGCACGCCGGAGCGGCCUCGCGGCUCAAGGCUCCCGCUCUGCCCAUCCAGUCCGAGAGAGAACCGGUGCCGUCCAAAGGCCUGGCAGGAUGCUCGUUUGGAGGUCGAUUUUAUUCUCUGGAAGACACAUGGCACCCAGACCUGGGGGAGCCCUUCGGUGUCAUGCACUGUGUCCAGUGCUACUGCGAAUCCCAAAAGAGCCGUCGUGGGAAGGUGUUUGGGAAGGUGAACUGCAAGAACAUCAAGCAGGACUGUCCAGACCCGGACUGUGCUGAUCCCAUCCUGCUGCCGGGACACUGCUGUAAAACCUGUCCUAAAGGUUCAGGUGACAAAAAACAGACCGACUCUGUGCUCGACAGCUUCGAGUAUUUCCACGAGAAGGGCAAAGAGAAGGAGGACGACCUGCACAAGUCUUACAACGACCGAUCCUACCUGAGCUCUGACGACGUGGGCCCUGGGGAGAGCCGGACCGACUUUGUAGCGGUGCUGACAGGAGUGACGGGCUCGUGGCUGCCCAGCCCGAGCGGGGUUGCCAGAGUUCGCUUUGUUCUGACCAAAAACAGCCUCGCCUUCUCCAUCACAUACCAAAGGAUGGGUCGUCCCAGUAAAAUCGUCUUCCUGGACUCAGAUGGGACCAAUGCGUUUGAGUACAGAGUCCCCAAGGGCCAGUCAGACAUGAUCUGUGGCGUGUGGAAGAACAUGGCUAAGCCUCUCCUGCGACAGCUGCAGUCUGAGCAGAUGAGGAUCAGCAUGACCACAUCGAGCAGCAGACGAGAAGAAGUGGAGGGAAAGAUCAUCAAACACAGGGCGCUGUUUGCUGAGACAUUCAGUUCAAUGCUGACGUCAGAGGAGGAGAACUCAGGCAUGGGAGGCAUCGCCAUGCUGACCCUGAGUGACACUGAGAACAACCUCCACUUCAUCCUCAUCCUGCAAGGCCUCAUCAAGCACAAAGGCAAAGAUCCCCUCUUGGUGCCCAUCCGAGUCCAACUGGUGUACCGCCAACACAUCCUGAGAGAGAUCCGAGCCAACAUCACCUCUCAUGAUCCAGACUUUGCCGAGGUGCUGACAGACCUGAACAGCCGCGAACUGUUCUGGUUAUCUCGAGGUCAGCUGGAAAUCACUGUGGCAACGGAGGGUCCGGAUCCCAGACAGAUCUCUGGCUUCAUCACCGGCAGAAAGUCCUGUGACACUAUCCAGAGCGUGAUGUCCAGCGGCGACGCGUUGACUCCGGGGAAGACGGGAGGCGUGGGAUCGGCUGUGUUCAGCCUCCACGAUAACGGAACGCUGGACUACCAGGUUCAGGUCGCAGGUCUCUCCAGCGAUGUCGUCGGCCUCACCAUCGAGCUGAAGCCUCGGCGGCGAAACAAGCGCUCCGUCCUCUACGACCUGACGCCAGAAUACAGCAAGAGCACAGGGCAGGCGGUGGGCAGCUGGAGCCGCCUGGAGGCCCGACACAUCCACAUGCUGCUGCAGAACGAACUCUUCAUCAAUGUGGCCACGGCGCACAGCCAGGAGGGGGAGCUGAGGGGGCAGAUCAAGGCCCUAAUGUACAGUGGGCUGGACGCACCCAGACAUGAGCUGCCCACGCCUCUCGCCGGCCACUUCGUGUCACCGCCUGUCAGAACCGGAGCCUCUGGCCACGCCUGGGUGUCGGUGGACAAACAGUGUCACCUGCAUUACGAGAUCGUUGUCGCAGGCCUCAGCAAGAGCGAUGACCUCACGGUUAACGCCCACCUCCACGGCCUGGCCGAGAUCGGAGAGCUGGACGACAGCAGCACCCCGCACAAGAGGCUGCUGACCGGCUUCUACGGCUCACAGGCUCAGGGGGUGCUGAAGGACAUCAGUGCUGAAUUACUGCAACACCUGGACCAGGGAACAGCUUUCAUCCAGGUCAGCACCAAGAUGAACCCUCGAGGAGAAAUACGAGGACGGGUCCAUGUGCCGAACAACUGUGAGCUGGGAACCAAGGCGGACACGGAGGAGGUCGAGUUUGAUGAUGUUUUUCUAAAGGACCCCGAGGAGCUGAAGAAAGACCCCCACACCUGCUUCUUUGAGAACCAGCACCACGCUCACGGCUCCCGCUGGACGCCCAACUACGACAAGUGUUUCUCCUGCAGCUGCCAGAAGCGGACGGUGAUCUGUGAUCCAGUCAUCUGUCCAGCGUUGACCUGCUCCAGAACCAUUCAGCCCGAUGACAAGUGCUGCCCAGUUUGUGAUGACAGACGGGAUCCCAAGGACAUGAAAGCUCCAGAGAGGGUGGAGGAGCAUCCUGAAGGUUGUUACUUUGAAGGAGACCAGAAGAUGCACGCCCCAGGAACCACAUGGCAUCCCUUUGUUCCUCCCUUUGGCUAUAUUAAAUGUGCUGUCUGCACUUGCAAGGGGUCCACGGGGGAGGUUCACUGUGAGAAGGUGACGUGUCCAGCGUUGACCUGCAGUCAGCCGGUGAGGCGCAAUCCGUCCGACUGCUGCAAGGAGUGUCCGGAGGAGGACAGGACCCCGGCUGGAGUGGAGCACGGCGACAUGAUGCAAGCAGAUGGCCCGAGACACUGCAAAUUUGGAAAGAACUAUUACCAGAACAGUGACAGCUGGCAUCCCUGGGUGCCGCUGGUGGGCGAGAUGAAGUGCAUCAACUGCUGGUGUGAUCACGGCGUGACCAAGUGUCAGAGGAAGCAAUGUCCAGUACUGACCUGCUCCAACAUCACCCGCACAGAUGGCUCGUGCUGCCCCGAAUGUGUUGCAGACGACAGAGACGACGAUGACCUGUUGAUGAAGGCUCCGGACAAAAGACGAACCUGGAGACACUGAUGCACUGGGACGCGCCCCAACACCCAUCUCUAGCUAUUCCAUCCCCCUCUCCUUCCUCUCAGAUGGACCCAAACCCAGAGCUGGGUUCUUCCCUCCUCACCUGACACCCACCCUGUCAUCAGCUUCAGGAUUGUAGCGAGGAGAGAGGAGCAAAGACGGCAGGACAGACGAAAACGGAUAUAAAAGACUAACGAAGCUCCGGAGAGGACCAGCCAGACUUUACCCACCUGCUGCCUUCUGCUUCCUGCCUUCAGUGUUUGCUGGAUUUUUCUUGUCGCUCAGUUUUCCAAAGCAGGGACUCACGGUGUGGCUGCGGCACAGCUGUUCAACGGGACUCUUCUGAAAACCAGCUGGAUUCGGUCAGAUUGUGCGAGUUUCAUCGACAGGGCUUCUUUGUGAAGCGCAGCCAUACUGUAGCGACUGCAGCUCUCGCCGCUCUCGCUGGACACAGUGAGCAAAGUGAAUGUGUGUGAGUGCAAGUGUGUGUUUCUCUUUUGUUUUUGUUUUUUAGAUACGACUAAUCAGCAGCACAGACAGUAACGUGGCGAGGCGAGGUUCAAUAACUGUUAAAAAAAAAUGUUUAAAAACAGAUAGAAGCUGUAAAGAGCUGCUGCUGCUGCUGCUGCUGCUGCUGCUGCUGCUUGUCUCUUCAGCCAGUCUGCAGCUUCAUGUGCUGUAAGAAUAUAUUUCCACUCAGUAUCACUCGUGUAGGUGUCGGGACCGAGCCCGGUUUGAUCCCUCUGCUUCUCUGCUUCGAUUGUUCCUGUUCUGAAUCAAGUAAUAUUUUAUGAAUUUUUCUAUCACUGUCGUUUAUGAACAUGAAGCUGGUUUGUAUUUUGUAUUUAUUGAAUGGUGUGGAAACCAAAUAAAGACGAUGUUUGUUGGUA